AUGGAUUGUCUUCUGACAUCGGAGACGUCUCUGCUGCGACUCUCAUGCUUUCACAGCUAUCAGCAUUUUCGUUCAUCAGUUGCUGCCAUGCUGAUUCAUGAUUCUGCAAUGUCGGUUCUUGAUGUGGUAAACUUGGAUCCAACUUCACUGCCUCGGAAGUCUCAUCUGCGAUAUGGAUUAGCGCUGACGCUCGCUCUCGAUUCACAACAGAUUUUUUGGCGAUGGCAACAACAUCGUUGGCAUCGGUGUUGCCGUUUCAAUAUCCCAUGGAGACAACCCCAACGGCGACAACAACGUCGGAAUGCCCGACCAAAACUUGGCAUGAGUGAUCAUCGUUGCAAGGACUUUCUAUUUAGCGCCAACGUUGGGCCGUACGGAGAUAUAGCAAGAUUUCGAUCUGCAGUGUUUCCGGCUGCGUGCGAGCUGUGGCGUUUCGUAGCUGCAUCGACGCUUAAUGCCAUCUGGGUCGAGCGGCUACGUCGCAUGGAGGACUCAACACUCCCGAACGAAGCACACUCUAGCCAAGCACAGUCUUAUCAUUGA